AACAAAAUUAGUGAAAGCAGUAGCAGAAGCAGCAAAAGCAGAGUUUUUUGACUGGCUGACUGCUCUGUGAGAUUUUUCAUCCAUUUUAGUGCCCACUCUGAGAACAAAAAUAAAUUCAGAAGAUUCUUUCAUAGAUUUUGUAAAGCGGGAAACUUUAAAAACAGAGAUAUAAUCCGCAAGUGUUUUCCUCUUUUUUUUUGUUUGGUGCUAUUAUUUACCAAUUUAAGAUUCAUAACUACUUGGAUUGCUGAAUUUGUUGAGGACUAGUGUGCUACCAGUGGAGGUAGACUACGGAAUAACAUAAUUUUUCUUACGUUUUAUUUUUUUUUAUUGACAAAGUGCCCGGCGACAACGACGUUUAACGCCGUUGUAACGUUGGCUCGAUGAUGGCAUUGCCAAUGAACUCACUUUACUCCCUUACGUGGGGCGACUAUGGCUCGUCACUGGUGACGGCCAUUCAACUUUUACGUUGUCACAACGACUUGGUGGACUGCACUUUAGCUGCUGGCGGGCGCAGUUUUCCAGCGCAUAAAAUCGUAUUGUGUGCAGCGUCACCGUUUUUAUUGGAGCUGUUAAAGAAUACGCCAUGCAAGCAUCCGGUAGUGAUGUUGGCCGGCGUCAAUGCCAACGACCUGGAAGCGUUGUUGGAAUUUGUUUAUCGCGGCGAAGUUAGCGUCGAUCACGCACAAUUGCCGUCGCUAUUGCAGGCCGCACAAUGCCUGAAUAUACAGGGCCUGGCACCGCAAACCGUUACGAAAGAUGACUACACCACGCAUUCAAUACAACUACAGCAUAUGAUACCACAACAACACCAUGACCAAGACCCACUGAUUGCCACCAUUGCUACCGCACCACAACAAACCGUACAUGCACAUGUCGUCGACGAUAUACACCAAGCUGGCCAGAUCUUGCAAACGACUACACACACUAACGCCGCCGGACAACAACAGACCAUUGUGACCGCUGAAUCGCCCAAGGAUGUUAUUCAACAAUUCUUGCCCGCACGCAAGCGCAAGCCGCGUGUUAAGAAGAUGUCACCGUCCGCUCCAAAAGUUGCUAAAGUUGAGGGUAUGGAAACGAUCAUUACUGCACCGACCACUACUACUGUCGUACAUCAAGCUACACAACAGCAACAACAACAGCAGCAGCAACAACAGCAACAAAUACAGGUACAACAACAAAGCAUUGAAAAUGGCAACGAGACACAGAUAAUAACCUCUACACCGCAUAUCAAGAGUGAAGUGGGCAAGGUAGAGACAAUUGUGACCAUGGACCCGAAUGUAACACCGAUAUCAACAGUUAAUACUAGCGAUGUUAGCACCGGCGGCACAACCCCAGCAAGCAGCACGAAAACAGUUAAACGCACCAAGAGUGAAUCCCGUUCACGCUCACAAUCGGAACAACCGGCCACUUGUCCCAUAUGUUAUGCAGUUAUCCGACAGUCACGUAACUUGCGACGCCAUUUGGAAUUACGGCAUUUCGCCAAACCCGGCGUAAAGAAGGAAAAGAAAACACCAACCGGCAAAAAAGUUAUAACCACAAGCACCGGCGCUGGCACCAGCAAUGCAGCUGGCACUUCAACGAUCACGACAGCAGUUAGCACCAUACCACAGGUGCAAUCGGUACAAUCGCUACACACAUUACAUACGGUACAGGUGAAAAAGGAUCCGGAUGCGCAGAAUCAAGGACAGCAAACCAUGACAGUGACCACUACGACCGGCGCUGGUGGUGGCCAGCAACAGCAGCAACAACAACAGCAGGUGCAACAAGUGCAGGUGCAACAGGCUACGACGCAGCAACAACAGCAAAUACAACAUCAUCAAAUCAUCGAUCAAUCGGGUAAUAUAACAACGGCUACGACAACGGGUGGUGGACAGCAGCAGCAACAACAAACUGGCGGACAAAUCGUAACACAAACCGAAAAUACAGACGGCACAACAUCGUUGUCCAUUGCGCAGGUGCAAACGCUGCAAGGCCAUCAAAUACUGGGCAAUAUUAAUCAGGGUAACAAUAAGAACAUUUUGGUAAAGAAAGUUUUCAUUUUGAAAGGCGGUAAUAAUACGUAAUGAUGAGCCAACGAUAUGAUCAGCGGUAGUGGAGGAGGCGGGAUAGGCGUGAUAGGCGGGAGCAGUGGUGGCGGCAGCAGCAACAGCAACGGUAA